AUGACAGGGUUCUCAGUUUGCGUCUAAGCAACCUAGGACUCGAAGGUCCAUUCCCACAGGGGCUCCAACUCUGCAGCUCCAUGACCUCUCUGGACCUGUCAGGCAACAAGCUUUCAGGGCCUCUACCAGAGAACAUCUCCGACCAGCUGUCCUACAUAACUAACCUGGAUCUGUCGAACAACAGCUUCUCAGGUGAAAUCCCUGCAGGCAUCGCGAACAUGACGUACCUGAACACCCUUUUCCUUCAUUACAACCAGUUCGACGGCCGGAUUCCGGCGCAGCUGAGCAACCUUUCACGGCUAGUUUCGUUCAGCGUCGCGGACAACUCGCUGUCGGGUCCUGUCCCGGAUUCCCUGCAGGGCUUCCCGUCGGCCAACUUCACCGGCAACCCGCGGCUCUGCGGGCCGCCGCUGGACAAGAAGUGCAAGAAGAGGUUCAGAGUUCGGAUACACAUUCGGCCUAUCAGGAUUCACGUGAAGCUGCGCAGGAUCAACGAUGCGUCCAGCAUCGGUGCGGCGGCUGGGUUCGUCGUGGGGUUCGUGGUGGCCUUCUACUUUCCCCAAGUUCUUAUUCUCUAGGAGGCUCCGGCCCUACUUCCUUCGUGUGUGUGGGUAAGAGGCGUGUAUUCGCGAGCAUGUACAGUACAAUACAAGAUACGAGGGUCUGGAGAUGUGUUCAACAAAGGCUGUAAUAGUCAUUCGUAAA